AUGGCAUCGCAAGAAAUAACCCUCAGCCAACAGUUCACCCACCACCACUCCACUAACAGCACAACCAUCCACUGGACAACCCUGGGAGAGCCGACCAAUCCCCCCCUAAUCUUCAUCCACGGCACCCCCUGGUCCUCCGUCCUCUGGCAUCCAUACGCAAAAGCCCUAUCCUCAAAAUACAACGUCUACCUCUUCGACAACCCCGGUUUCGGCGAGUCACCGGGCCGCACUCCUCUCCAGAUAAACAAUACCAAUGAGAUUGCAUCCCUCGACGCCUCACUCGCCGGACAAGCAGAAUCCUUCGCAGCGCUUUACCACUCCUGGGGUUUUAAAGAAGACAACCUCCCCCAUGUGAUAGCCCACGAUGUCGGCGGAUUAAUCAGCCUCCGUGGAUUCCUUCUUCAUGGGUGUAAAUACGCCAGUCUAUGUCUCAUUGAUGUUGUUGCGCUCCGGCCAUUCGGGAGUCCAUUUUUUACCCUGGUGGGCCAGAAUCCGGGUGUGUUUACUUCAAUUCCAGAGGCUGUGUUGGAGGGGAUGUUGCGAGAGUAUAUUCGCGGGGCAGCGUUUAGGCCUAUCCCCGCUGAUAUCGAGGAGAGGUUGCUGAGGCCGUGGUUUUCAAGUCGCGGUGGGAGGCAAGGAGGUGUAGGGUUUAUUCGGCAGAUUGCACAGGCGGAUGCGCGAGAUGUAGAGGAGGUGGAGGGGCGGUAUGGGGAAGUUGGAAGUGCAAUACCUGUGAAGGUUGUUUGGGGGGUUGAGGAUCAGUGGAUCCCAGUUGAGCGGGCGGAGGAGUUGGCGCGGAGGAUUGGGGCGAGCGAGGAAGUCCUGAUUGAAGAUGCUGGGCAUUUGGUGAUGGUUGAUCAACCAGAGAGGGUUGCUAUUGAGAUUAUGGGCUGGUUGAUGCGGGUUACGCGGGGUGGAUAA